AUGAUCUCACCGCAACCCGUCACAUUGCAAACUUUCCACGCACUCUCACUAGAUGCCAACACUUUGUGGAAGUAUCGUACUAACGCGGGAAGGGUAGACCUCACGGGCACCCACCCAGAACCGGCAUCCACAACCCUCGCGGGCACAACGCACAUCCUCCCCAUCAAGACGAGCUACUACACCGCCGACGUGCCCAUCUGGCUGGACCUCGUCGACUCCCCGGCCGAGUGGUCCGCCUCCUUUCUCUCGCCCGAGGCCAAGGAGGUCCUCACCGUGCUGGGCGGGCUGGCUGUUGUUUUUGCGCUGCCUUCUUCUCCUUCAUCAUCGUCUUCGACAUCAGCCCCGUUACCGGCAGAUAGUACCACCCCUGCGCCGGCAUCAGUAACAGUACCGGCAACGACCCCCCAGCCCUCGCCAGAGGACACCCGCGCGCUCAUCACCGAGGUCGGGAGGGUCGUUCGCGAAGGGCUCGGCGGGUGGGGAUGGGACGGCGUCGGGUUGGGUAUCGGCGUCGGGGAUGGGACGGCGGACGAGUGGGAGGAUCUCUGCGCUGAGUGGGGACUCGAGUUUGUGCAGGUUCGUGGGGGUAAGAAGGAUGAUGGCCGGAACGAGUUUGGAGAGAAAUUGGGCAUAGCAAGAGUCCUCGAAGCCCUCGAAUCCAACGACUGGGACGCCGCAGACGACAUGGACGGCCCAUCAGACCUCGAUUCGGACCUCGACACCGCCGCCGGUGAUUUACCCAGGAAACCCAGACCUCUAGCAGGCGGCACCAGCAACGACGACGACGGCGACGACAACGACGAUUUCGACCUCGACGACCCAGAGAACCUGGAUUUCGGCUUCGACAGAGCGGAUUUCGAAGGGCUGAAGAAGGCGAUUUGGAACCUCGAGCAGGAGCCGGAGGAUGAGGAUGAAGUAGUAGAAGGGGGAGCAGCGGACACGGCAAAAGCAGCGAGUGGAAGCGCAGGAGGCGCUGCUACCACCGAAAAACCGGACUCGGCGAAGACGACGCAAGAGAAGAAGGCCGAGGACGCAGAAAAAGAGGACCUGAACGCCGAGGACGUGGAAAAGAUUGAGCAGAUGAUGCGUAAGUUGCAGGCUGUCCGGGACCUCAGCGCGGGGCUGCCCGAGGACCAGAGGCGGAGGAUGGCGAAGAAGGCUGUUGGGGAGGUGAUGAAGGAGCUUUGA